AUGGCGCUCAGAUACAGAAGGGGCUACAUCCUCCUCCUCUGCCUCCUCGUCCUCAGGGAUGACUUUUUUAGAGAGAGGCACACGACACGAAGAAACACCAGGCGGGGGGGUUACAACAAGAAGCAUUCGGGAGAAAAGACAGGGCCGACCGCCCCAAUCGAGACGCAAUCUCUAAUACACAAUAUUUCAGGUAGGCCCUUAACCCCUAUGGAGGAGGGGACCCUGAAUAAGGGACUCUCCUUCAUUCCCACACCUCAUAUAGA